UCACCCUUCUUACCUCCUCUCUCUCUCUCUCUCUCUCUCUCUCUGUGUCAGCUCCAACCAACCCUUUCAACACCAGAAAAGUAGAAAGAGUCCUCCUUUUAGCAUUUCCAAGUCAUUUCAGCCAGCCUUUAUAUCUGGAGCUCCAGCCUCAAGGUCUUUCUCUGUGUCCACAUUGUUCUAUUUCAUGGUGAAUUUCUGAUACAGCUAGAAGGGUCUUCCUUAUUGGAGCUCCAUCCUGCAAAGGCCUGUGUCGUUUGGAAAUUCUCAUUGUAUAAUGUGAGGUUCUGAGCCUGGUCUUCCAUGUAUCAUUUGUUUAUUGUAUGCAUGAUGUCAUUUCAGUUGCAGUACAUUCAGGUCAGAUGUCCCCAAGACCCUGCCAUAUUGAUGCUCAUAGUGCUAAUCUUUCAGUUAGAGCCUUGCCUCGGAAUGUUUGAGCCACUGUAGGGCUGCUUCUUUCCUGAGCAAGAGGGUUCUCGAUUUUAUUGAAAGGAGGAAAGGAAGAUGGAAGAGACCUUUGUACCAUUUCGCGGGAUAAAGAAUGAUGUUCAAGGGAGAUUGUUAUGCUACAAGCAAGAUUGGACUGGUGGACUCAGGGCAGGCUUGAGGAUAUUGGCUCCCACCACAUACAUAUUUUUCGCCUCUGCUAUUCCAGUUAUUUCAUUUGGAGAACAAUUGGAAAGAAGCACAGAUGGAGUUUUGACGGCAGUUCAAACGUUAGCUUCUACUGCAUUGUGCGGGAUAAUACACUCUGUUUUCGGAGGCCAGCCAUUGCUGAUUCUUGGAGUGGCAGAGCCAACUGUAAUUAUGUAUACCUUCUUAUUUAACUUUGCUAAAGACAGACCGGAACUGGGAUCAAAGCUCUUUCUAGCGUGGACUGGAUGGGUAUGUGUGUGGACUGCAAUCUUACUGUUUCUACUAGCUGUCCUUGGAGCUUGCUCAAUCAUAAAUAGGUUUACUCGUCUCACUGGUGAAUUAUUUGGCCUCCUUAUUGCGAUGCUUUUUAUGCAGCAAGCUAUCAAGGGGCUGGUUGAGGAAUUUUGCUUACCUGAAAGAGAAAAUCCCAGCUUUACCGAAUUCCAGCCACCAUGGAGAUUUGCAAAUGGCAUGUUUGCUUUGGUCCUGUCAUUUGGGCUUCUGCUUACAGCAUUAAGAAGCAGAAAAGCAAGAUCUUGGAAAUAUGGAUCAGGGUCGCUUCAAGGCUUCAUUGCGGAUUAUGGUGUGCCAUUGAUGGUUCUGGUCUGGACAGCAAUUUCAUUUGCACCAGCUGGAAAUAUUCCCAAAGGGAUACCGAGGCGCCUCUUCAGUCCAAAUCCAUGGUCUCCUGGCGCGUAUGAGAAUUGGACUGUUAUAAAGGACAUGGUAAAAGUACCUGUGCUCUAUAUCAUAGGAGCUUUUAUCCCGGCAACAAUGAUCGCAGUGCUUUAUUAUUUUGACCACAGCGUGGCUUCCCAACUUGCUCAGCAGAAAGAAUUUAACUUGAGAAAGCCAUCUUCUUUCCACUACGAUCUACUUCUUCUGGGGUUUCUGACAAUACUAUGCGGUCUCCUGGGGAUCCCUCCAUCAAAUGGUGUCAUACCACAGUCCCCCAUGCAUACGAAAAGCUUAGCUACUCUAAAGCAUCAGUUACUUCGGAAUCGGCUUGUAUCGACUGCUCGUAAAUGCAUGGGGCAGCAUGCAAGUCUGGGGCAAGUCUAUGGAAGCAUGCAGGAAGCCUAUCAACAAAUGCAGACCCCACUGAUUUACCAGGCACCUUCUGCUCUGGGACUGAAGGAUUUGAAGGACUCAACAAUUCAGAUGGCUUCCAGCAUGGGGCACAUGGAUGCACCGGUUGAUGGAACUGUGUUUGAUGUUGAGAAAGAAAUUGAUGAUUUAUUGCCAGUGGAGGUGAAAGAACAAAGGCUCAGUAACUUGCUUCAAGCUGCAAUGGUUGGUGGAUGUGUCGCAGCCAUGCCUUUGCUGAAGAAGAUCCCAACCUCAGUGCUGUGGGGCUAUUUUGCCUUCAUGGCCAUCGAAAGCCUUCCUGGUAACCAGUUCUGGGAGAGGAUCUUACUGCUUUUCACUGCUCCAAGCCGAAGAUACAAAGUGCUGGAGGAGUAUCAUGCUACUUUCGUGGAGACCGUACCGUUCAAGACAAUUGUGGUCUUCACAUUAUUCCAGACUGCAUAUUUGCUUGUUUGUUUCGGGAUUACGUGGGUUCCACUUGCUGGGGUACUUUUCCCACUGAUGAUCAUGCUUUUAGUUCCGGUGAGGCAAUACAUUUUGCCCAAGUUCUUCAAAGUGGCCCACCUUCAAGAUUUAGACGCUGCAGAGUAUGAAGAGGCGCCUGCCGUAUCAUUCCAUCUUUCACCGGAAGGAAGGAUGAGCAGGGCGACGUCAUUUGCUGACGAUGGAGAGGUUUUAGACUGUAUGAUUACUCGAAGCAGGGGCGAGAUCAGGCGCACAUGCAGUUCUAAGGCGACUAGCUCCUGCGCAACGCCAUCUCGAGAGUUCAAAGGCGUUCAAAGCCCUCGGAUUUACAGCCCACGCAUCAGUGAACUUCGAGGUGAUCAAAGUCCUCAGCUGGGUGGAAGAAGUCCUUCCAGUCCAAGGACCAGACCAUCAAAUUUAGGGAAAACUGGCUAGGGGGUUAGAAGAAUUAGUAGAUACAAUACACGAAGUAGUACUAGAUCAUAAAAAGAGGCUACCAUGCAGUCUGCAAUAGCAUAUUUCUUAGCUCUCUUUGGAGUAGAUUUCUCUUUGUCGUCAAUUGCAAUUACAAGAUAUCUUGACGUCAAUAUUCACUUCUGCUGGAAAUCUGUAACCGGAGAUUUGUGUUAAUGAUGAAAUAUCAGUUUCAUUUCA